AGCGAGCUUGAACUCAGUGGCUUCGCGAUAGGCCGUAAAAAAAAAGCCACCCAACAAGGCGUUGUGUGGAAAUACCGAGCCAGAACCGGGACUAAAUUAAGCGGCGGUUCUGUUUCAGGCGGAGAUAGAUGCCGAGAAAUCGGGGUUAAAGUCGACGGAAAUGGAAACGGUUUCGCCUUUUAACGGUUUCAUUCGGUGGCUGACGUCGAUCGGAGCGUAAUGAGCAGAGUUGGAGAAAGAAGGAGCUGAGCAGCUUUUUUCUCUCUCUCCCCCCCCACCACCACCCCACCUCCCCUCCUUCUCUCUGCUGAUCAGACAACUUGGACCGGACUGAACUGCGCUGUGAACCGGAGACGAAAACUAUGGACGGGAAACUUCCAGCAGCCGGGGCCCGGGGCUGUGAGGAGGCUUCAGAAGAUCCACGCCUGACCCGAAGCUGAGGACUGAGCAUGAUGACUCGGCGCCAGGGGGAACCCCCAAAUAACAAGUGAAGAGACGUAAGGAUGGGGGCCAAUGGAUCCAGCUAUCCACACUCCUGCUCCUCGCGUGUAGGGGGGAAUACACAGGCGCAGCAGACCUUUAUAGGGACAUCUUCGUACUCUCAACAGGGAUAUGGCUGGGAGUCCAAGCUGUACAGCCUGGAGCACGGCCAUGAGCGACCAGCGGACAGGAAGAAGAAGAGCCUGGGGCUCGCCACGCUCAAACGGAGGUUCAUCAAAAGGAGGAAGUCGAGCCGCUCCGCGGAUCACACGCGGCAGAUGCGGGAGCUGUUGUCGGGGUGGGACGUCCGCGACACAAACGCCCUGGUGGAGGAGUACGAGGGCACGGCGGCCCUCAAGGAGCUGAGCUUCCAGGCCAGCCUGGCCCGUGCCGAGGCGCCCAGCCUGCAGCGGGACCUGGCGGCGCUCUACCAGCACAAGUAUUGCACUGACGUAGAUCUCAUCUUCCAAGGCACUUGCUUCCCGGCCCACCGGGCCAUCCUGGCCGCCCGCUGCCCCUUUUUCAAGACCUUGCUGUCCUCGUCUCCCGGUUACGGGGCGGAGGUCCUCAUGGACGUCGACACCGCGGGCAUCGACGUGCCCAUGUUCUCCGCCCUGCUUCACUACCUCUACAGCGGGGAGUUCGGGGUGGGCGGAGCCGAGGACACCCGGCUGCAGAACGUGGACGUGCUCGUUCAGCUCAGCGAGGAGUUCGGCACGCCCAACUCCCUGGAGGCAGACAUGAAGGGCCUGUUCGACUACAUGUGCUACUACGACGCCCUCCUUAGCUUCUCCUCGGACUCUGAGAUGAUAGAGGGCUCUAAUGAGAGGGGGGCUGUCGCUGCAGUGCCACCGGGGAGCUCAGGGGGCAGCGGCGCGCCAGGCACCCCGGAUGAGGACCUCAGGGCCCACAAGGCCAUCCUCUCGGCGCGCUCCCCUUUCUUCAGGAACCUUCUGCAGAGACGCAUUCGCACAGGGGAGGAGAUGACCGAGCGCACGCUGCAGACGCCCACCAGAAUAGUGCUGGACGAGUCCAUCAUCCCUCGGAAGUACGUGCAGGUCAUCCUCCACUGCAUGUACACGGAUGUGGUGGACCUGGGGCUGGUGCUGCGAGGCAGCCCUUCGUCGUGCAGCCUCGGCGAGGUGCAGGCCCUGGUCUCUGGGUGCAGAGGGGCCAGCACUCGCACAGAGGAGGCCAUGGAGCUCUACCACAUUGCACUGUUCUUGGAGUUCAGCAUGCUGGCUCAAGGAUGCGAGGACAUUGUUGUGGAAAGUUUGUCCCUGGACUCGCUCGUCCCCAUCCUGAAGUGGAGCGCCCAGCCGUACGGCUCCAAGUGGGUCCACCGGCAGGCCAUGCACUUCCUCUGCGAGGAGUUCAGCCAGGUCGUGACCUCUGACGUCCUCUACGAGCUCAGCAAAGAACACCUCCUCAGCGCGAUUCAGUCCGACUACCUGCAGGCGAGUGAACAGGACAUUCUGAAGUAUGUUGUAAAGUGGGGUGAGCAGCAGCUGAUUAAGAGGAUGGCAGACAGGGAGCCCAACCUGCUGAGCGGCACCGCCCACAGCGUCAAUAAGAGGGGGGUGAAAAGGCGAGACCUGGACGUGGAGGAGCUGAGGGAGAUCCUGUCUCCGCUCCUGCCCUUCAUCCGAACCGAGCACAUCCUGCCGCCCAACAGCGACGUCCUCGCCGACGCCCUGAAGAGGGGUUUGAUCAGCACCCCGCCGUCAGACAUGUUGCCCACGGCUGAGGGCGGCAAAGCCAACGCCUGGCUGCGGCAGAAGAAUGCAGGGAUCUACGUGCGUCCUCGCCUCUUCUCUCCGUAUGUGGAGGAGGCCAAGUCUGUGCUGGAUGAAAUGAUGGUGGAGCAGACCGACCUGGUGCGUUUGAGACUGGUGCGCAUGUCCAACGUCCCGGACACCCUCUACAUGGUCAACAACGCCGUGCCCCAGUGCUGUCACAUGAUCAGCCACCAGCAGAUGGCGGGCGGCUCCAGCGCGGCUCCCUCAGUCGUGGCCAAUGAGAUUCCAGUGCCUCCUCUGUCGGUGGUGAAGGAUAUGAUCCGAAGGCUGCACGAGCUGAGGCACACGGAGCAGGUCCAGCGGGCCUACGCUCUCAACUGCGGAGAGGGAGCCACGGUCAGCUACGAGCUGCAGCUGAGGGUCCUGAGGGAGUUCGGCCUGGCGGACGGCGCCACGGAGCUCCUGCAGAACCCGUCCAAGUUCUUCCCGGAUGAGCGGUUUGGAGACGAGAGUCCGAUUCUGGCCCUGCGUCAGGUGGGGCGCUGCCGGGUGAACAGCAGCCCGGCUAUGGACAGCAUGAUAACGGAGAUGGAGGGAGGCGCUGGCUUCCACCCUCCGCUGCCUCCCCCGCCCCCUCCCUAUCACCCCCCCGCCACGCCCAGCCACCCCCAGCUCAAAGGGGGCUGGCGGCCGCGGGUGCCCCUGCCGACCCCCACCCGCUCCUUCUCCUACCCCUGCAACCGAACCCUGAUCCAGCGGCAUGCAGCCUCCAAGCAUGGCGGCUCAGAGUACUCCUCUGCGCCCAGGCCCCAGCCCCCAGACUGCACCAACCCGCAGGCCAUGGGCCGACCCCCGCUGUCGGACCCGCAGACAAUGGGCGCGGAGCCUAUGAUGAGGGAGUUUAUGCCGGAUAUCGCGCUCGGCGUGUCCGUCAUGUCUCUGAGGGAGCAGCACAUGGUGGACAUGGAGCGUGACGGCCCCCACAGCCCCAUGGGCCCCUCAGGUCACCAUCUACCCCACGGACCCUGCUCCUCGGCGCGCCUCAGCCACGGUUAUGGUCCCGGGCACGGCCAUUCCUGCAAGAGGCACGCUCCGGAGCCCAAGCUGGAGGCCCAGGCGGAGUUCCCCGACCUGUACGACUUCUCCUGCAGACCCGCGACGCCGACGUCAUCUCAUCCUCUGCCCCCUUUCGCUGGACCGGACCUCUACAGCCACAGCUGCACGCAGUCAGGCCCCUAUCCGCCCCCCUACGUCUCCGACUGUCAGCCGCACGGCCACCCGCAGGCACGGACCGCCCCAGACCCGCUGCGGCUGGACGUCCUCAGCAUAAAAUCUCAGAGACACGACGGAGUCCUGUCCAGUCCCUCCGGAGCCCAGCCCAGGACGGGGCCGUUCCCGAAGGGUCGUCCCAACGAGACGGAUCUCACCCACGGCCUGGGCCACCUGCGCUCCCCCAGCGGGAACGUCGACGGCUACGAAGAGAGGCACACGGGACCCAGAGACGCUCCGGAGGAGAUGGUUCUGGGCGGAGAGCCGUCGUCUCACAGGAACAGUGUUGGCGAGGAGCUCCUCAGAGACCGCCGGUCACCCAGCAAACCUGACUACCCCUAUAAGAAAUCUGCACUUUAACCCCAGCUCAGGAGCCGGGGGGGUUGAGUCGGGAAAAGGGAAGAAAAGCGGCUAAAUGUUUGCCUGUGUUUGUGUGACUAAGCGAGUCAGAGAAAAAGGUUGUAGCUGUCGGCAUCUUCUGUCCUACCUCUGUCACGCUGCGCUCUCAUCACACAGGGUUUAGAGAGGAAGCGGGUCGGCUCUCCGUUCUGCUCAGUCCCGCUUCUUUUAGAGGAUCCGCCGCCAAUCUUCGACCGGCUGGAGGUGCGCUCUGUGACCGUCGUGGACUGAUCGGUGAUCGGCGUUGCCUUGUGGGCAGCGGAGAGAUUUGAUCUCAGCUCAUGUACCUGGAUAACGGCGCACAGCCUGGGAAGAAGCGAUGCGACGAAGUGAUAGCGUUAGCAUGUCGAUUUUCCUUUACCUGCAUCUCCAUCUCUGCGCGUAGCAUGUCCGACAACACGCGCGCCCUCCCGGCCCCGCGCUGUUCGCCCAUGCGACAGGAAGUAGUUCAUCGUGUGAUAACCGCGCAGGGGCGUGGCCGCCGACGGCGCCUGUGUGGCUGACAGACGGGGCCGGAGGUUUCGCGUUCGUUGCCGAGGCACUGAGAAGUUAAUGCAUGCUGGGACGGUUGCCUGAUGAGGACCUUCAGCCAAUCAGACCGGCUUGUAGGGGACUUCAGCCAAUCAGACCGGCUUGUAGGGACCUUCAGCCAAUCAGAUCAGCUUGUAGGGACCUUCAGCCAAUCAGAUCGGCUUGUAGGGACCUUCAGCCAAUCAGACCGGCUUGUAGGGACCUUCAGCCAAUCAGACCGGCUUGUAGGGACCUUCAGCCAAUCAGACCGGCUUGUAGGGACCUUCAGCCAAUCAGACCGGCUUGUAGGGACCUUCAGCCAAUCAGACCAGCUUGUAGGGACCUUCAGCCAAUCAGACCGGCUUGUAGGGACCUUCAGCCAAUCAGAUCAGCUUGUAAGGGACCUUCAGCUAAUCAGACCGGCUUGUAGGGACCUUCAGCUAAUCAGACCGGCUUGUAGGGACCUUCAGCCAAUCCGGGGCAAGUAGGCGUGCACAAUACACCCGGGUGUUUAAAUGUGGGAGCAUCCACAUUUAAAGCCUUAACGAGCGCUUCAGAUAUUCACUUUAAACGACCUUUUAUGCACAUAGAAACAUUUCCGUCGCUUCGCUUCGGCUCUCUCCUGGUCGGAUCGCUCUUUCCUCUGCAUUUCCUCCGAGUGCAUUUCACCGAUCACGUUUCAAAAAAAAAACAAAAAACACAUGUAUAUAUGCCAGGACUUUUUUUUAUUUUAUUUUUUUGCAAACCUCCUAGAUGCACACGCAAUGCUGAGACUGUCAGGUGUGUCGUUGGAGGCUGGCUGCAGGCGUAGCAUCGAACCCCUGCAGGUCCACACGGGGGGGGGGGGGGGGGGGGGGGGGGGCUGUCAGAGCCCAGAGCCGGCUUGCAACCUCGCAGGCCUCUCUGCGUCGUUGUAGCCGUUGCUUCACAGCGGAAAGAUGAACAAAUUAUGAAAAAAAAAAAAUGAGCAUCUCAAAUUAAACGUAGCGGUCAGUAGAGUCGGCCAGCGCCGGCUCAGGUCUCCAACGAGGAAAUGUGUAUAUAUUGAGUCCAAAACAUUCAGACGACUUCUUUUUUUAACGGUUUCUGUCACGUUUUUUUUUUUUUUCGUGGUUGUUGAAGGUCUGUGUGUGUUUAACUGUAGUGAACAACACUGUGUGCUCGUCUCUGUCAUGAAAUCUCACAGAAUGUGCGCUAUAAAACAAAGAUUGUGGGUUGUUUUUUUUUUUUUUUUUUUUCAUGGUAUGCAUUAAGGACAUUUUUUUUUUUUUUUUUUUUACUUUAGCUGACGUGGACAACGCGUUCGCAGAUCUGUAGUCGAUGUGAGGACGUCUCACCUCUGCGUUGCGUUGAUAGAGCUGCCAAGCAGAAAAGUCAAGUUGCUCGAUGGGGGGGGAAAAGAUGCAAAACUCCAGAUUCUUCCCCUUUCAUCAUGUUUGGUAGCUUUGAGUAACCAUUUUCCUCCCGGACAGCGUUCCACUUGAGUCCCAGUUAGUUUUGCUCUGUGCUGUAGAGGAGUCAGUGCCUUCCCCUGCCUGCGGCCGGGCUUUUAUCGGAGGAGUGGCUUUGAUGUCUAUGCAAGCUCUUUUCUACCAGCUUACCAGCAUGCAACAGAGAGAUCUUUGGAAAACCCAUGUAGCUCGUUUUGUGUACAGUGUUAUUUAGCAGCUUUUCAAACAGGAGGAGGAAGGACAAAAAAAAAAACCCUGAAUCAACCAUCAGAAACGUGCGGACUUGCAACAGGUACGUUGUACUUGUACGCUGUCGUUUAGAAACCAUGUUUGUAGAUUAACGUUGCGUUGCUUUUAGUUUCACUGAAUCUAUUUUUCUACUGUUGCCUCAGAAAGGUGCAUUACAGUGGUCCACUUUGGCAUUCUCAAAAUAAACACUUUAUUACUA